UUCCCCUUGCCUCAUUCAUUAAUCUUUUAUCGAUGGGUAGGUAAAGUGUAUAUUGUUUUAAAUUCUUCUAAGUGCAAUCUGUGCGCCAUGGAGUUCUAGCAACUUUAAAGUUUGCACACUUUGUGUGCCAGUACAACUAUUAAAUAUGGGAGCCAACAUGGCGCUUUUUUCGCUCGCCGUAGCACUUUCGGCACAACAGCAAACCAGCUUAAUAAAUCUUUCCUUAAGUUUACCUACCGUAAGCAGCACCCAAAACGAUGAGUUCUGUGCUGCUUUGGAAGGAAGAGCCGGCGUCGCCUCUCAGCUAUGAUGAGGUCACGCUGCUCGACACCACGUUCUAUCAAACAACACCCGAGGAUCCUUACGACAUAAAAUUCGAAUCGGAUUUGACACCAUGCGAAUCAAAGGCAGAAGUUGCUUCUCAGAUUCUCGAGAACCUGGAAAAUCUGAUGGAUCUAGAUGAUCUCAUCAAAGAAGAACCCUUCCUUCUCGAUGAGAAAAUGUUGCCCAUUUUGGACGAAGUGGAACCACCACGUGCCAUAGCCGUCCCUGUACAAAUAGUAAAAUCGGAAUAUAACAAGGCACCUGAUACCCAAUACCUUUUGAAAGAAUUUGAAACAAUGUACGACGUGGUGGAAUUUACUCAUGGCACUUUAACCCCACCCCAAAGUCCGCCAAGUGGGCAACCAAAUCUUACGACUCUAGAACCACUUCUUACUCCAACAGCCUAUUCAAUCAUUCCAGAAAAUAAAUUAACACUUUUUUCUAUGCCUGAAAAACAACUGCUGCCCGAAGUUCCCCCUGUACCCUAUACUCACGACAUAAGUUACCCCCCCGCAGACACCCCCCAACCGGAUAUUGCCCAUGAACUUGCGGUAGUCGAUGAACUCGUACGUACCCGUGUAGAAGAUAUGCAGUGGAGCAGUAGUAGCAGCAAUCCAGGAUCGCCAGGAAGUAGUAGCACAAGCAACUUUGGGGACUGCUCCUCUGAUGAUCCCGAAUGGAUGCCGGAAACCAUCCAGUCGUACACGAAUGAUGAGACUACUAUUAAAACCCCUCGUAAGAAAUCCAAGCCGUACACCAAGGGUGCAACCGAAGACAAAAAGGUCAGGAAAAAGGAACAAAAUAAAAAUGCUGCCACCAGAUACCGCCUCAAGAAGAAAGCCGAAGUUGAGGAGAUUUUAACUGAAGAAAAGGGACUGCUGGACACAAAUUCAGAUUUAAAGAAUAAUAUUACCGAUUUGCAACGCGAAAUUAAGUACUUAAAAGGUCUUAUGCGUGAUCUCUUUAAAGCCAAGGGUCUUAUCAACUAACGAACACACUUUAUUAAAAUAUUUUUUGUUUUUUUUAUGUAUCAAACGUGCUAUAUUUUAGAGGAUUCCAAUAUCACAAGUUGUUUGAUAGAAUGUAGGUGUGUUAGGAAAGAUUUUUAAGGUAUAUCUUUAAGUAUACAGGCAAAUCAAAUAUUUGGACUUUGUUAAUCCAAGUGUAUGAUUUGGCCUUGCUUUAUUUUUAAUGUUAUAUAUGCUUCAAUUUAUACUUUUAACGUAGUUUUAAUUCACAUACUAAUAAAGGAUGAAUUUAGGUGGGAAUA